GCAAAUCAGCUUGUGCCAGUCUCGCUUGGGGCCAAUCUUUUUUGAGAAAAUCGGGGUGAGUAUGGUUUUGAGUUGAUCUCGUUGACCCCCGCAUUUGAAUUAUUAAGCGAAAAUCCGACUCAAGUUGAUCUCGAUGAUAGGUCUUGGAUUAAGAGAGCUGUAUAGGUAAUUAGCUCCUAUACGUAUUUAUAAUUGAUGUGAUUUAUGUGUGUGUGAGUGCUUCAAAUUAUUCUUUGUGCGAAUAUUGUUUUAAUUUGGUGAAAAUUGUUGAUCGGUGUUGUAUUUCAUCCCUAAGGAUGUAUUAGAAUUAAAUAGUUAUGGAAAUUGUUUUUAAAAUAAAUAUCUUAGUCUACCAGUCUUCUAACUGAUCUGUGGCAAGACCACUUGCUGGAUCCAUUUAGAGUCUCGGAAUAGAUACCAUUUGGGAUUGAAAGGGAUAACAGUGUGGAACUCUCUCCAGCCAGGGUAGACUGGAAAGAAACGCCUGAGUUUCAUGUCAUAAUGCUAGAUGUGCCUGGGUUGAAAAAGGAGGAGCUGAAGAUUGAGGUGGAGGAGAACGGGUUGUUGAGAGUGAGUGGGGAGAGGAAGAGAGAGGAAGAGAAGAAAGGUGAUCACUGGCACAGGGUGGAGAGAUCCUAUGGCAAGUUUUGGAGACAGUUUAGGUUGCCAGACAAUGAGCAUUUGGACAUUGUGAAGGCUAAGCUUGAAAAUGGUGUGCUUACUUUGUCUUUCUCCAAGUUGUCUCCCGAUAAGAUCAAGGGUCCUAGGGUUGUUAGCAUUGCGGGUGAAGAGAAACCUGACUAGAAACAGCGAGGCCAAACUAGAGCUGUAGAUCUUUUCAUGCAUGAAUUUUGAGAGCUGCUAAUAGAUAAAAGACUUGAAGAGAUGACUCUUUAAGAGAGAAUAAGGACUUUGUGAUUUCUGUUCUGUUUAUGUUGCAUGUGUUGUUAUU